CAAAAGCCUCCCACGAUCAGCAUGAGGGGCUUCAUCUCCAUCUUGCUCCUGCUCUCAGAUGUGAGCUGGGUAUGCUGUGUUCAUACAAUGAAGGGUUCUGUUGGGGGAUACGUACACAUCAGUUGUGAAUAUCCUCAAGAAUAUGACCCCACAUCAGUGUGCCUGAUAAAAAUAAGCAACAGAGAAACUGUCAUUGAAACAACUAACACCAAUGGGACCGAAUAUACCAAAGGGAGAUACUCCCUCUAUCACGACUCAAACGUCAAAAUUAUUAUGGUGACCAUACACAACCUGAACACAGAGGAUGCUGGGACAUACAGAUGUGUACCUGCUGUGCUGUACGAUGGCAAUGAGGAUGGUGAUAUCUAUACAGAAUUUAGGCUGGAGGUGAAGCAGGUCCCUCCCUCCUCUGUUUCACCCCCUCCUUUAGCUCCUCCCACCUCCAAACCUCCACUGACCACAGGAAGUACAUCAGCACACCAAAGCCCUACAGGUGACACACACUCAUCCAGAGACACAAGAGCUCCAGAGUUGGGAUCAACAUCUGUACAUGGGAAUUCAAAUACAACACAAUCACAAGCAGGGCAGAAUGCAUCUCUCUAUGGAGGACUAGCAGCUGCUGUGCUGGUCGGCCUACUGGUGUUGACCAUCAUACUGAUGAAGACCAGAGUGAAGAGGAGAGAAACACCUCAAUCAUCACAAAGGAACCCCAGUAAUGCAGAAGAGAUCAACGGCAUCUAUGCAGAGAUACAAGACACAGACAGCAGUGCAGAUAAACUCCAAACUCCUCCGACUCCAACCAAUCAGAGGAAUCAUCAGGACAGUUCACCGGUCAUCAGCAUAUACACCACAACCAAUCAAAAUCCAGAACAGCAACCUGCUUCUUCCCAGUCAGCCAAUCAGAUUUAUGAAAGUACCGCUGAACCUGUGGACAUCAAUUCUCUUUUGAUUUACUCAGUUGCAACCAAUCCGAUGCAGCCUACACACAUGCCAGCAGCCAAUCAGAAUUCUGAAACAAAUGACACAUACUCUCUUGCAACCAAUCCGAUACUGCCUACCGACAUGUCAACAGCCAAUAAGAAUCCUGAAAACAAUGACACAUACGCCCUUGCAACCAAUCCGAUUCUGCCUACAGACAUGCCUGCAGCCAAUUAGAAUUCUGAAAUGAAUGAUGCCCACACUCUUACCAAAGCCAUGUCUCCAUUGAGCUGUAUAGGCUACUGCUCUUAUUUGUACUUUUACAGAUACAGACAAUUGAUUCAUAAUUAAAGUAUGUUAAA